AUGUUCAAACCAAAAGGAACUGGCUUCUUGGUCCUAUGUGCUCUCUUAAUCCUCUGCAUAUGCUUUGGUGAGGCCGCUCCUCAGCGUAAACAAGGCAAACAAGGUAGUAAUCAAGGCGGCAAGGGCGGCGGCAAGACAAAACAAACACUGCAGCAACAGGCGGCCCAGAAACCGGGAGGCAUUUCCAAGGCCGAAGAUGGUUCCGUCAUUCUUGAUAAAACCGUCAAGAUUAAACGAAUCAGUGGCCUUAAUAUCAGAUAUAAAGUCAGCGCCCCUGCCGACCAAUUCAAAGCAGCCUCUGGCGUGAAGAGUGGCAAUGCUGCUCGUGCUGCAGAUACCGAAGGCACGAUUGGCAUGAAUGUGUUGCUUCAUGGUGAUGGGGGCGACUCGUUUUUUGACUUUCCCAACCAAGGCGUCAAUGCCAAUCUGAUGGGCGUUGCAGUCCUUGCCCCGGACAAAAACCUCAAAUGGGGUGGUGCUAACAACGGAAAUCAGCAAAGGUCCCAAGGGGUCCCUCAUUCCAAAGCUGUUGCCGAUCUUAUCACCAAAGAGCUCCCCAAAAUGGUCGCAUUUAAUCAGUCAAAUGUCUGGUUCACCGGCGUUAGUGGUGGUUCUCUCACGCUUUCCGGCUUCUUUAUACCGGCCCAUAUGGGCCAAUUCCCAAACACAGGAGUUCUACUAAACUGCGGCGGUUUACCUCCUCAAGUCAACUUCACCCCCGAAGCUGCAGCUGCCAUUUCUAAUACUCGAAUUCACACCCAGUCAUCCCAGAAGGAGCUCUCGUCUCUACGAGAUUCCAUCCCUGCGGCGGUCAAGGCGUAUGAAGACGAGGCUAAGAAAGAAGGCUUGAAUACCCAGCAGAUUAACGCACUUCAGACGGUGGACAACACUCCAAGUGGUGGGCAUUGUAACUUCAACGGGGAAGGUUUUACCAGUGGUGUAAAAUCUGUAGUCACUAAAUUCGACCAAAUCAUGUUUCCCCAAGGUAAUGGUCAGGUUAAUGGAGUCGAUGUGAAGACGGGAGUGAUAGGGAACGAAGCGCUGAGAUUUACUGGCAGUGGUCGGUAA